AUGUCUAUGAAACGAACGUCAGUUUUUCUGCUGAUAUAGCUGAGCUGCUACAUUAGCUCUGGGAGUUGUGGAAAGGAGCUGGUGUGCCCCACAGAAUUCAGCCACUGGAUGAAUAUAAAGACGAUCCUGGAUGAGUUUGUCCAGAGGGGUCAUGAGGUGACUGUAUUGGCAUCUUCAGCUUCCAUUCUUUUUGAUAUCAACAUCCCAUCUACUCUUAAACUUGAAGUUUAUCCUGUAUCUUUAACUAAAACUGAGUUUGAGGUUAUCAUCUUGCAACUGGUCAAGAGAUGGGCAGACCUUCCAAAUGACACAUUUUGGUCAUAUUUUUCACAAGUACAAGAAAUCAUCUGCACGUUUAAUGGCAUAAUUAGAAAGUUCUGUAAGGAUGUAGUUUCAAAUAAGAAAGUUAUGAAAAAACUACAAGAGUCAAAAUUUGAUGAUGUUCUUGUAGAUGCUAUUAUUCCCAGUGGUGAGCUGCUGGCUGAGCUAUUUAACAUACCCUUUGGGUACAGUCUCUGCUUCUCUCCUGGCUACACACUUGAAAAUCAUAGUGGAGGAUUUCUGUUUCCACCUUCCUAUGUACCUGUUGCUAUGUCAGAAUUAAGUGAUGAAAUGACUUUCAUGGAGAAGGUAAAACAUGUGAUCUAUGUGGUUUAUUUUCAAUUUUGGUUCCAAAUAUUUAAUAAGAAGUGGGAUGAGUUUUCCAGUGAAGUUCUAGGAAAACCCACUACCUUAUCUGAGACAAUGGGGAAAGCUGACAUAUGGCUUAUUCGAAACUCCUGGGAUUUUCAGUUUCCUCAUCCACUCUUACCAAAUGUUGAUUUUGUUGGAGGACUCCACUGUAAACCUGCCAAACCCCUAACUAAGGAAAUGGAAGAGUUUAUCCAGAGCUCUGGAGAAAAUAGUGUUGUGGUGUUUUCUCUGGGGUUAAUCGUCAGUAACAUGACAGAAGAAAGGGCCAAAAUAAUUCCAUCAGCCCUUGCCAAGAUCCCACAAAAGGUUCUGUGGAGAUUUGAUGGGAAUAAGCCACAUGCUUUAGGACUCAAUACUCGGGUGUACAAGGGGAUACCCCAGAAUGACUUUCUUGGUCAUCCAAAAACCAGGGCUUUUAUAAGUCAUGGUGGAUCCAAUGGCAUUUACGAGGCAAUGUACCAUGGGAUCCCCAUAGUGGGGAUUCCAUUGUUUGCAGAUCAACCUGAUAACAUUGCUCAUAUGAAGGCCAAGCGAGCAGCUAUUAGAUUGGACGUCAACACAGUGUCAAGUAAAGACUUACUCAAUGCACUGAAGCCAGUAAUUAAUGACCCUUUUUAUAAGGAAGAUGCUAUGAGAUUAUCAAUAAUUCACCGUGAUCAACCCAUAAAGACCCUGGAUAAAGCAGUCUCGUGGAUUGAGUUUGUCAUGCACCACAAAGGAGGCAAGCACCUGCGAUCAGCUGCCCACGACUUCACCUGGUUCCAGCACUACUCUAUAGACAUGAUUGGGUUCCUACGUGCCUGGGUGGCAACUGCUAUAUUCUUGGUCUUAUGA